CUCAAUCUCGUAUCAGGUAAUGCGAUUCAAUUUAGUUGUAUAUAAAGUACUUGAGAAGAUAAAUGUAAGCAAUCAGUGUCCUUUUUGCACUCAACGUUCUUAAAAUGAGCGCAUUAAACAUAAAAUACAGUAAAAUACAAAAAGACACUUUUUAAAAGUGGAUUCAUGCCAUUUUAAAUAUCCCUUUAAUAUCCUGUAUCGGGUAUAUCGUGCGCACGCCACGUUUGUUGAAAAUCCCGGUAACAUGACCAUGUAAAUAACUGCGGUAAUCAAAUUACCUCAGUUAAUUUUAACCACUGUUUAUACAAUCGGAUGCAGAUGUGCAAUUGGAAAGGAUUGAUGUUUUGAAGGUAUACUGAGACCACUCCCGCUGAACUACGUUACAAUGAGAGGUGCGUCUGCACGACAGACGUCAUAACUACAACGGUUACGGCGUCUUUCCACAGUUUGUUGACGAUACGGGACAUUGUUAAAACAAAUGAUAUUAACGUUUGACAUAAACGGCUGCAUUACAUCUUACACGGGACAAUGGAUCACAGACACAGACACGAACACGGUGAGCACCAUGUUGGUCACGUGCACCCUGCAUCACAUAAGAACGUCACCAAACGGCCGGCUAAAUCGAGGAUGACUGCUACCGUCGCCGCAACUACCGAGCGCGUCAUCCCCUCGAAUGAAAACGUGUCUGUAGAAGGCGGUCACGUGUCUAUGGAUGACAGUCACGUGUCUAUGCACGGCAGUCACGUGUCUAUGCACGACGGUCACGUUCCUAUGGACGGCGGUCACGUGUCUAUGCACGGCAGUGACAUGUCUAUGAAAGUUGGUCACGUGUCAGAACACAGCGAUCACGUGGUGCACGUUGGAAACCACACGAUAAACGAGCAGCCUGACCGCGGCUACGAACAUGGCGAUGCACAUACAGGGCACUUUUCCCACAUGAUGAUGUCGCAUACUCAUACGUAUUUUUCAACGGGCAGCUACACGGAUUUGAUGAUCAAAGGGAUAAACGUUUCGUCUAUUCAAGACGUGAUUCUCACACUGCUGGUAGUGAUGUUUAUGGUGAUUCUUAUCGAGGCUCUGAACACCUGUUUAAAGCGACACGAUCAAAGGUCACAAUAUCCAUCUGUCUCAUCCAAGUUUUCCAUGCUCCUGUUGGCCACUGUUGCCAAGAUGGCGACUCUAACAGUCGGGUACCUGGCGAUGCUCCUAGUUAUGACCAUGAACUACUGGAUCCUCAUUACAGCGGUCCUUGCCUCUGGCAUUGGUCAUCUCAUUAUGCGACCUAUCAUCACCGCCUGCUGCAGUCCUCCAAAUAGAAUAUCUACCCAUCAGGAACUUGCAAAUGCGCAGAAGGUGAACUGCUCUACGUCCGUGAGUAUGUCCUGCAAACCACUGUGUGAGGCGGCACAGUCGGACGCGAUUGAAGUUCCAAACGGAGAAGAGGAGACUACACCGUUGACUUGGGCCCCACAGCUUGAUAAGCCCUGUUCACAAACAUGACUUACUGAAAGUUUACUUUCUGCUUUGUUCUUAAGCAACAUUAUACUGAGAGAAGUUUUGUUCGGCCGUGUGUAGAUACAUAAUGAAUUGCAAAAUGCCACGAAACGCCACGCAUAAGGCCUACAUGUACAUGCUAUUACUUCAUCAAAUAGCUUAGCAACAUGUUUUUGCAUAAUCAAAUUAGAAUAAAAGUAUACAUAAAGGGAUAUCGUUCCCAUGCACAACACGUGAUAUUAUGUUGUAAUGAAGUGAUGAACUCUAUUGACAAACAUAUGAUGUAUGUAUAAACAUAUUCUUAAAGUAUAAUUAUGUCUGUGUAUACAUGUAGUCAAUGUACUUAUAUACAAGUAUAUGUUUUAUCGUUGCAAAAGGUUGUUGUGUGUAGCAUACUUUUAAAUGCAAACUUGUAAACAAAGUAACUCUCGCUUAUUUUGAUUAUUUGCUUACGCAUGAUUUGCUACAAAAUUUACACUACCAUGCUCACCAUACAUGCUCAUCUAUUUUUCUGCGUGUUGGUUUUCGUUAUAUUAAAAUGAUGUAUUCCAUGGUUUGUUCACAAAUGUAUUGAUAACCUUCGCCCACAAAACAAUACAUUUUCAAU